GAAAACAAAUUUAAGCCAUCUCCCUCUCUCUCUCUCUCUCUCCACCACCACCCCCCACCCACGAAACCAGAGAAAAGGCCAAAAGAAACGAAAAACACGUAAAGCCCAGAACGCGAAAGAAAUCAACAUAAAUUCCAUUCCCAUCUCUUCACCGAGAUGAAGAAGCGGUAACAGGGAGCUUCCGCAACGAGGCGAUAGCAUCUCCGGCCCGCGUCUUGCUCUUCCCUCUCCAAUCCCAUCCAUCCAUCCGCCCGAACCUCCCUUUCUCUCUCCAUCUCUCUCGCGCAGCAUGAUUCCGAGCCGAGCCGCCGCGGCGCCCGACGACGUCCCGGAAGCCGCCGGAUCGGCACCGAAGGGGCACGUACAGCAGCAGCAGCAGCCGCAGCAACAGGUCGGCGCCGGCGAGCCCAAGUACAGGGGCGUGCGGAGGCGGCGGUGGGGCAAGUACACCGCCGAGAUCAGCGACCCCGUCAAGAAGGCCCGCGUCUGGCUCGGCACCUUCGCCUCCGCCGAGGAGGCCGCCCGCGCCUACGACCUCGCCGCCGUCCGGUUCCGGGGCUCCAAGGCCAAGACCAACUUCCCCGCCUCCCUCUACGACCGCGACGACGCCCAGGCCCAGGCCCCGGCCCGGAUCCGCCGCCACGCCGCGGCGCGGGAGGACCCCCAGCAGGGCCGGCGCGCGUUCCCGCAGCGGCCGACCUGCAGCAGCCUGAGCAGCACCGUGGAGUCGUUCAGCGGGCCCCGGCCCCCGCCGUCCGCCGCCGCCGCGGCGCCGCAGCAGCAGCCGGAGAAGAGGUACCGGAGGUCGCCGCCGGUGGAGCCGGAGGACUGCCAGAGCGACUGCGAUUCGUCGUCGUCCGUGGUGGACGAUUGCGGAGGGGGCGUCGAGGAGGGGUCCUCGUCGACGUCGUGGUUCAGGAGGAGGGGUCCUUUGCCUUUCGAUCUGAAUCUGCCGCCGUCGUCGGGCGGGGUCGACCUCGACGGCGAAGAUCUGCGGUUGUGCCUGUGAGUGGUUGGGCGGCCCGUAAAGAGAUAUUAAAAGCCAUGUCUUGAAUUAUUUUUUAUUUUUUUUCCUCUCUCCCGAUAUUCUGCUUGUAUUCUCAUUGCGGAAAUGGAAUGAAAAAGAUGAGAUGAAAGAAGAAAAAGUCUUUAACUUGAUGC